AUGAAGGAGCAGAGCUACAGAAAAAAUGGAGAAGAUGAAGGGAUAAGGAGUGAUCUACUCUCCUCCAUUGUUCCCAUCGAUCUGCCAUCCUCAAAUCUGUUCAGAAGCAUCGGUUCUCAUCGAGGUGCUCUGUCAAUCUGCUUCAGCUUCCCUAUGGCGACAACAGGUGAUGGAAGGGCUCCCUACAAAAGCGAUGGUGUUGGGAAAAAACUCUGUAAGAGGCCUUUCGAGCCAGAGAUCGAUGAAGAACCCCAGAAUAUUUCUCAGGAGGCAGGGAAAAAUAAUUCAACUGGAGGAUCAGAACUUAGCACUAAUCAAGGUAGGAAUUAUGCUAACAUUUCUGCUACCAUUGGGAUAUCAGAGAUUGAACAAAUCUUGAAACAGAGAACCUUUACUAGGUCUGAAACCCUGUACUUGAUAGCAUUGUUGCAUUCAAGAACCAUCGAGGAGUCACCUUCUGAUAACUUCCUUGCUGCUUCUAAAAUUUCAAGAAUUGCUUCACCUGCUGAUGCCAACAAAGGUAGCACCAUGGGCACUGGCCCAAUAGCAUUGAGACAAGACUCAAAGUUUAUUUACAAAAAUGCAACAAUGAUGGGUUCACCACGACAAUCAACAACUAUUGAGAACCUCCCAAACGAGCUUUUGUUAUGCAGAUUUGGAACCCUUCUCUCUCUUCCGUCAUAUUCUGUACCCUCUGAUGGUAGUGGUUGGAUCAAAGUCUUAUUCCGGUUCGGGUUUGAUCCAAAAACUGAUGAUUACAAAGUUGUGAAGCUUACAGCUUUUGCCAAAGGAUUCCACGUUAAAUGGUGGAUGGAUGUUGAGAUUUAUAGCAUGAAAAAGGGUUCCUGGAAGUUAAUCACCGAAAGGUUUCCAUCACACAUCACAUGGAUCGACGAGAACGAAGUCGUUUGUGCGGAUGGACAUGAUGGGUAUCUUCAUUGGCUUGGUUGUACGAAUGAGGAGGAAGAUAUAAAAACGAUAGUAGCAUUUGAUUUGGGUUCAGAGACAUUCCGUGAAAUACCUUUUCCAGAUUCUACACUAUAUCAUGACCGCAUAAUGGUUCUUUUAGGAGCUUUGGGGGGGAAGCUUUGUGUGAUGUCAUGUUAUAAAGAUGUUGGAUGUGUGGUGUGGGUGAUGGAGGAGUAUGGAUGGGUCAAACGCCAUGUCUUUUCACAGUUUAUUGGUGAUACGUAUCCGUUUGGAUUCACAUCAGCCAACAAGUUUCUUAUUCAAGAUCAGUAUUCUCGUCUUGUUUUGUAUGAUCCAGUUACAGAAGAGGCUCAAAUUUUGAAGAAUGAUUUUUCAUAUCCAGAAUUUGAAGCAGGUAAAGUCGUGGAGUACAUGGAUAGUCUUGUUUGGGUAGCACCUGCCAAACGUAUUGAAACCCAGAGGAGUCAAUUAUGA